AUGCGCCAAGGUAUGGCUCUCGCAGCGUCCGAGCUGUGCACCGCAUCUGCUGAAGCUGAAGCGAGUCUCCUCCGCGGACCUCGUGCAGUGCAGCAGAGUGGUGUAGAAUAUGACGCACGAUCCAGCUUGCCGGGAGCCGAGCCGGACUCCGACGCCGCCAGGACGAAUGCACCUCGCGACGCGACGCGCGCAUUCAGACUUCACCCUUCACUUCACCAUUCUCAGUCGAGCCCCAUCGACAGCCCUCUGCUCAAGGCCCCGCAAUGCACGCACGAGAUCCACCACACCUGCAGCAGCAUGGCGCCAAAGUCACGUAAGGCGUGGCUCGCCGACUACAUUUGGGAGGAGAUUUCGCACGUUCUGACCUGGCGGCAAGGAUUGGAUGACGGUGUCAAGGCUGAUCCUGAUACCCGGUUCAGCGACGAUGGGAGCAAUUUUCGCAGCACAUCUCGGCCUCCAGAUGGCUGUGACGUUCAACUAAUCAACGUUCUCUCGUCCAAGGAUCCCACCAUUGGCUUCGUUUCUGACGGCGCUACCAGGGUCAAGGCGCAGUUCUCGGACGAGGCUGUGGCGGCUUUUGAGGAAGCUACCGAUGAGUCUCUCGAUAUUGAAGUCACCGGCGAUGUCUUCCAGAUCAAGAAGGUCACGGUUGUCAGCACGCCAUUUGGCCCAGCCGACGGUUUCGUACAGCUCAACAUCGAAGAGCUUCUUUACAAGCAUCAUCUCCGCAAGAUAGAUGGCGAUCCGAAGCCCAUCGAAGAGAAUGAACAUAUUCGACUGCUCCUCGAGAACGUCAAGACCAUACGCGUGCCACCUAUCAAAGAAGAGCCCGAGGAAGGCGAGCAGGUUCAGCCGCCGCGACCGCCUCCAAUCGAGAUCGACGACGACGAUGACGAUGACAUGCGUCCGUGUCAGGUACCACAGUCCCAGCCACCACGACGGAGCGGCCCUUCGUUGACACGCGAUGGAUACGAAAUCGAAAGGGGCGUGAAUCUAGACCAGCCGAUGAGAGCCAACCAUCUCUUGGAAUUGAUGGGCAAGCCAAAGGGCAAAGGAACUGCGCCAGUGCCAUCGAAGACCGCUCACCAGCCUCCGCCGCAGAGCGCACGGCUGCCCACUGCUGCGCGGAGCGACGCACGAAGCGAAAUGCCUGAUGUGAGAAUGGGUGACGCCUCACCCGAGCCCACACUAGCUCCGGCACCUUGUGAAGAGCCAAGCACUGCAGUUGUUGCGGAGACUCCUACCAAGCCGCGACCAACACAGAGUGACAACAUGAAAUACGGUCGUCGCAAGAUCCCGGACAAUCAGCGCAAGCUUCUCGAAUGUGCUUCAUCAUGGCAUCCAACACCACCAGGCCGUACACCCGUCCAUCCAAACGUCCCGAUCGAGCUGCUGUCAAAGUGGAAUGCCGAAGCCUCGGCUGAAGCGCAGAAGCCGUCACAGUCAGGAGCCCAAACAACAUCACCUCCUUCAAAGCCAGCUACACCGGAAAAUGACGCCGAAUCUUCAUCGAGCGCAGCAGACGACAGCUCAGACUCGGAGCGAGAGAUUUCAUCCAAAGACUGGCCCUGCUCCCAAUCGAUCAUUUCUCCCUCCCAAUCGCCCACAAAGCCACCCAUCAAAAGACCGCCCCCUCCAUCAAGCGUAGAGGAGCUAGAAGUCGCCGCUCCCCAACCGCUCCCUCGUGAACCUCGAGCCAUGCGCUCCCCAGCACAGAUGGAGCGUCAUCUACAGCAACAUCCGGCGGAGCGGCAACGGAAGCAACGAGAAGAAUUCUUCGAGCGUGAGAGACAACGUGAGCGUGAGUCUAAGCAGAGUGGAGGGUAUAUCUCACCUUCACUUUCUAUCGCAUUACAAGCAAGGCCAGGCAGGGGUAAUGCCUUCCAUGUAAAACCCUCAAUGUUCUCAGUUGGAAAAUUAAACCGGUUUAGUUUCGAUCAGAAAUUCGAGCUCGUUUCCGCUGUGGUACUUGUCCGCGUCUCAAUAAUUGGAGGAUUUGGCGCUGGAGCGGCAUUGUACGUCGGGCCUCGGAAACAAUCCCUCCCCUCACCUGGGACAGACAUUCUGAAUACUAGCCAGCCUCCCAAAGGAAGUCAACCUCAGAUCCAAAUCGUCGUCGCUGAUGCCCGACAAGCAACACAUCCCGCGGCCCCCCCAGCCUCAUCUAGAACUCCAACAUAUCUAGGCAGCGUUCCCCUCUGCAUCCUGCGUCAAGGUAAUAUCAAAACCACGCAUACAAAUCACAAAACUCAAGGACCGAUUUAUUGA